CGCCCUUCUUGCUCCACAGGUAACAUGGUAGAAUGGUGUUUGCCCCAGGAUGUUGACCUGGAAGGUGUAGAGUUCAAAUCCAUGGCAAGUGGGUCCCACAGAAUCCAGUCAGAUUUUAUUUAUUUCCGGAAGGGGCUUUGCUUUGGCCUGGCCUGCUUUGCAAACAUGCCUGUGGAGAGCGAGCUAGAGCGUGGUGCCCGCAUGAAGUCUGUGGGGAUUCUUUCCCCGUCAUACACCCUGCUUUAUAGAUACAUGCACUUUUUGGAGAAUCAGGUCCGACACCAGUUAGAGAUGCCAGGACAUUACUCCCACCUAGAAGCGUUUUAUGAUGACAAGAAGGGGGUUCUCUCUGCUGGCAAGGGCAACCUCACUUCUCAGCAACCUGUCCACUGGCUGCCAUCCAUCCACAGAUACAUGUACCCAGAGAUGAAGAUCACACACCCGGCUGGCUGUAUGUCUCAGUUCAUUAAGUUCUUUGGCGAGCAGAUCCUCAUCCUCUGGAAGUUUGCCCUGCUUCGCAAGCGCAUUUUGAUAUUCUCACCACCACCAGUGGGAGUUGUCUGCUAUAGAGUGUAUUGCUGUUGUUGUCUUGCCAAUGUCUCCCUGCCUGGUAUUGGGGGAACUGUUCCAGAGUCCAAACCUUUCUUCUACGUGAAUGUGGCGGACAUAGAAAUGUUGGAGACAGAAAUGUCAUAUGUGGCCUGUACAACAGAAAAGAUCUUUGAAGAGAAGCGUGAUCUCUAUGAUGUCUAUGUGGAUAACCAAAAUGUGAAGACGCACCGUGAGCACCUGCAACCACUGCUGAAGAUUAACAGUGCUGAUAAGGAGAAAUACCGACGGCUUAAUGACCAGAGGCAGAUGUUGCUAUAUUCUCAGGAGGUGGAUGAGGACUGCAGCUCCUGUGAAGAGGACCUCUUCAUCUUAUUUUUCAUGGAGCAGAACAAUCGGAUAUUUCAGACGCUGAUGGAGGUGUCAGCCAGCCAGGACAAGACCUUGACCGCUGACCAUGCCCGGGGCAUGGGUCUGGACCCCCAGGGGGACCGGAGCUUCCUAAUGGACCUGCUAGAAGUGUAUGGCAUUGAUGUGAUGCUAGUCAUCGAUAACCCCUGCUGUACUUAGACUGAGGGUGGCAGAGACAGGGAGCAGAGAUGGCUUUUUAAAGACUACAGGACAUUGUGUAAGAGCAUCACUGGAACUCACCACAGAGCCACUGGAAGGAUCUCCUUUUAUUUAAUAACUUUAUACAAGGAAGUAUUUAUAAUUUUAAACAAAAUGUGAUUUUAUUUUCCUUUUGCCAGAAGUGACUGCUCAAGGUUUUGUUUUGUUUUUCCUGGUAUCUAUAGGACCAGUGGCCUCUUCACCAACCCUCACAGUUGCCAGUGUGGACAUCUGAGGGCUGGAAAUUUCAGGAAAGCACUUUUUUGUGGGGACCAAUGUGAAAUGAUGCAUAUUUGAGCCUUCAGGAUUUGUCUUUGGAGCAUACCUCCUCCAGGGGAGUAUCCCACAGUCAUAGCACAGGAUCUGGUGCCCCAGUGUCUUCAGUCUUCUGUCCCACUGUGCUUCUUAUUGGGGAUGGGUCAGUUAAUCAUGCAGAAUUACACUUCUUACCCCCUAUCACCUGGCUGUUUCAGCAGCUGAGUUAGGCUAAAAUGAGUCUCGCCAGCUGUGGCAAAUGUCAGUGGUUAAGAGUAUAGCUAUGCUACAGGAUCAAGUGAUCAUCUCAGAAUCUGGGCUGGCAAAAGGGGGCAGGGAUUCAAGUGCU